GCGGGGGGAAGGAAAGAGAAAGGGCUGCCCAGGACUCCCACUGAUUUCGUUUUCCUUAACCCGGAAAUGGUUCUCCUCUGUCUCCCCCUCUGCUGUUGAAAAGGGAAGAGAAUGACGGCCAGGUCUGGCCCGUCAUGCCCUGGGCUUCCGGUGACCUCUGGCCCUUUUCUGUCGUCCGCUCUCGCUUCCUAGUGUGCUCGCUAGCUCACUGUCUUCCUGCUCUCCCUCCGUUUUCUUUCGCACGCCGCCUGGUGACUGUGGCGCCCGCGACCAGGAGAGAGACGGUGGCGUAGGACACUCGUGAUGGCCGCCUCUAAGCCUGUGGAGGCGGCGGUGGUCGCAGCGGCUGUGCCCGGCUCCGGGAGUGGGGUGGGCGGUGGCGGCGGCGCGACUGUGGGCCCGGGCACCGGGGGCCUGCCGCGGUGGCAGCUAGCGCUGGCUGUCGGGGCGCCCCUUCUGCUGGGCGCGGGUGCCAUGUAUCUAUGGAGUCGGCAGCGGCGGCGCCGGGAAGCCGGGGGCCGAGGCGACGUCGGCGGCCGGAAGCGCAACAGUGAACGAAAGACCCCCGAGGGCAGGGCCAGUCCCGCCCCGGGCACCGGACACCCCGAAGGCCCCGGUACUCACUUGGAAAUGAACUCCCUUGAUAGAGCCCAAGCAGCCAAGAACAAAGGCAACAAAUAUUUUAAAGCGGGAAAAUAUGAACAAGCUAUUCAGUGCUAUACUGAGGCUAUCAGUUUGUGCCCCAUAGAGAAGAAUGCUGACCUUUCUACAUUUUAUCAAAACAGAGCUGCAGCCUUUGAACAGUUGCAAAAAUGGAAAGAGGUGGCACAAGAUUGUACAAAGGCUGUUGAACUUAAUCCCAAAUAUGUGAAAGCUCUGUUUAGACGUGCAAAAGCCCACGAGAAACUAGACAAUAAGAAGGAAUGUUUAGAAGAUGUCACUGCUGUGUGUAUAUUAGAAGGGUUCCAAAAUCAACAAAGCAUGCUGUUAGCUGAUAAAGUUCUUAAACUUCUUGGAAAAGAGAAAGCCAAAGAAAAAUACAAGAAUCGUGAGCCUCUGAUGCCAUCUCCACAGUUCAUCAAAUCUUAUUUCAGUUCUUUCACGGAUGAUAUAAUUUCACAGCCCAUGCUUAAAGGAGAGAAGUCUGAUGAAGACAAAGACAAGGAAGGGGAAGCCUCAGAAGUGAAAGAAAAUUCUGGGUAUUUAAAGGCCAAACAGUAUAUGGAAGAAGAAAACUAUGAUAAAAUCAUAAGUGAAUGUUCAAAAGAAAUAGAUGCUCAAGGCAAAUACAUGGCAGAAGCAUUGUUACUACGAGCCACCUUCUACUUGCUUAUUGGCAACGCCAAUGCAGCCAAACCAGAUUUAGAUAAGGUGAUCAGUUUGAAAGAAGCUAACGUGAAGCUUCAAGCAAAUGCUCUCAUCAAAAGGGGUAGCAUGUACAUGCAACAGCAGCAGCCUUUGCUGUCGACGCAGGAUUUUAACAUGGCUGCUGACAUCGAUCCUCAGAAUGCAGAUGUUUACCAUCACCGGGGACAGCUGAAAAUACUGCUUGAUCAAGUUGAAGAAGCAGUGGCAGAUUUUGAUGAAUGUAUUAGGUUAAGACCUGAGUCUGCUUUGGCACAAGCCCAGAAAUGUUUUGCAUUGUAUCGCCAAGCAUAUACGGGAAAUAAUUCUUCACAAAUCCAAGCAGCUAUGAAAGGUUUUGAAGAAGUCAUAAAGAAAUUUCCAAAGUGUGCUGAAGGCUUUGCACUAUAUGCCCAGGCAUUAACAGAUCAACAGCAGUUUGGUAAAGCUGAUGAAAUGUAUGAUAAAUGUAUUGAUUUGGAACCAGAUAAUGCCACAACAUAUGUUCAUAAAGGUUUACUUCAACUUCAGUGGAAGCAAGAUCUCGAUAGAGGUUUGGAGCUUAUCAGCAAGGCUAUUGAAAUUGACAAUAAAUGUGAUUUUGCAUAUGAAACCAUGGGAACUAUUGAAGUACAAAGAGGAAACAUGGAAAAAGCCAUUGACAUGUUCAACAAAGCUAUUAACCUGGCCAAAUCAGAAACGGAGAUGGCUCAUCUGUAUUCACUCUGUGAUGCUGCCCAUGCCCAGACAGAAGUUGCAAAGAAGUACGGAUUAAAACCACCAACAUUAUAAAAUGGGGGGGUAGGUUUACCCCCUCUUCAACUGAACCCUAAGGACAUUGUCAUGAACUGUGUUGAAUGGUGGAACUUAGUAUUUCUGUUUGUGCUGUUGUCAUUCGUUACAUCUGUUGAAGUAUUUAGGUGUUGUAGGAGUGGCUGUUGAAGGAAGUACACAGUGUUGCAGCUUUUAUUCCUGUGCAACAAAAGCUUAGAACUUAUUAAAGGGACAUUAAAAUUAAGUUGCAAAGAGUACAAAUGAUAAUUGGCCAUGCAAAUAAAAACUGGUUAGUUGACUUGGCUUUUUUUUUUUUGGUGAUGGGGAGAUAAUUUUGGCUGUGUGUGUGUGUGUGUGUGUAAUAUCUAAGUAUUUUACAGCAUGUUGGUUUUUAAAUUAACAUAGUAAGUGCUGUAACAUAGGUUUCUUUUAGAUUCAGUUUAAUCCCUUUCAGCUGAUUUUUUUUUAAGUGAAUUGCUUAAAUGGGGAUUUUAUUUUUAAGGCAUCAAAAUUAGACCCAUUAAACCAGGACAUGUACAAUGCCUCUGACUAUGCAGAAUGUUAGAAAGACUCAGUGGUAACUCUUAAGCCUUUUGACACCUUUCAACUCUAAUGGAUAAUGUACAUUGUUCUUAAAGUCCACAACAGCUGAUUAUGCAGAAGCACAAUAUUUUGAUACAUGUGCUGGAAGGUUUGAGUAUUAAUGGGAGUGGACCAGUCAAGAGGUAAGAUGAAAUGGAAGUAUGUUUAUGAUUGUUUGUGGCUAGUUUCUGUAAUAGGUACUGUUUAAUAGUAUAUGUUUUCAAAAAAGUAUAGGUUGGUCCUGUGUAAAAAGAUGAAAUGUGGUAAGUGGAAAUAUUUGUUUCAAAUUUCUAGUGAAGAAAAUGUGGCUGAAGGUUCCAAAAGCAAGAUAGUCUUGGAUCUAGAAAUAACAUUUCCUGAAGUGACAAGUUUAGUGCCUCAACCAUGCUUAAACUUUUUUGGGUAGUCUCAAAGAUGCUGAGGACACAUGGAGUGCUUUUUAGUGUUGAAGUAACCUUGGUUUCUAAGGCCUGACUGACUGCCCAUUUCUUAGUCUUCACUAGGGAUACUGAAAGCAGAUUUGUUGUUUUGUCCAUUUUAUCUUUACCUCACUCUUUUACUUAGAAAUCACUUUUUAUGGUUUUCUUCCAACUGUCAUUUUAUAGACCAUCCUUUUGCUUAUAUGAUGUAUUUUUCUGGUUGGGGGACAGGUUGUGUUCUCAAGCAGUCUUUUGAGAUAUAUGGGGUUGGUAAAGGUUUAUUUAAAUCUGAGGUAUAAUAAAAGUACAAGUUUUCAGUUAUACUUUUAAAUUAAAUCUAAUUAAAGGAGCAUUUUACCCCUCUUUAAAAGGGUGCUUUAUCCUACUGAAACCAAAAAUAUUGUCUACAAAUAUUAUUUUUUAGAAACUCUUAGAAGAUUCCCUUCCAAAGUCAGAGACUGGAAGAUAUGAAGGGGCAGUUGAUAUAAUUUAAGAUGACUUGGAUAAUGGUAAUUUUGAGAGCUCUGCAUUUCAGUUUUUAAAUUAUAUACCUACUAUCAUGGUCCCUGAAUACAGAAAUGUUCUACAUCUCUGAAUAACCUCUGAUGUAAAGUUUUUAUUUGCAUGGCUGUAUUUACAUUAACACUGAUAUUUCCUUCUACUCCUCUUCCUUCCUACCCUUUAAGGUUGGGUAGAAAAACACACAAAGGAAACUGAAGCAUGCGCCAUUCAAUACUGUCAUUCCAAAUCCUCAUGGACUAUUGCCUGUUCAAAACAUAUUUGAAACUGCACUGAAAGCUGCAUUUGUCUGUAUCGUUUCUUUUGUAAAUGACCUCAUGUAAAUUCAUCAAAUAAAUACUACAUUCAGGC